AUGUCGGUCGUGAACGCAACUCGACGCCUUAAGAACGCUAAAAGAGCCGACAUCACUAGCGAUAACACACGGCUCCUCCCACAAGUCGAUCCCGACAAUGUCCUUGACGUAGAGGGUUUUCCAGCCAAUCUGGGCGACUUUUGGUCGAUGGACGAAAGCGACAUUCGCCAGCUCGCCACGAACCUUGGAAUGGAGUCGGACAAGGUCGCAUACCCCAAGCUCAUGCACCAAGCGUUUGAGCGGAUUGCCGAGGCUCCUUACUGA